CCGCUCCCGCGCGCCCGUGCUGUCCCGACCCUUCGGAGUCCUCGGUCCGGCCGCCGUCGCCGCCAUGAAGACCGCCUUGAGCACCGGCGCUUUCGUCGUGUCGCAGCCGCUCAACUACCGCGGGGGGGCCCGCGUAAACCCGGCGGACUCGUCCGGCACCGAGAAGGCAUUUGAGCCCGCCACGGGCCGGGUUAUUGCCACUUUUCCAUGCUCUGGAGAGAAGGAGGUGAAUCUGGCCGUGCAGGACGCCAAGGCCGCCUUCAAAAUCUGGAAGCAGAAGUCUGGCAUGGAACGUGGUCAGGUCCUCCUGGAGGCUGCCAGGAUUAUACGGGAGAGGAAGGAUGAGAUUGCUGCUGUGGAGACCAUCAAUAAUGGCAAGUCACUGCUUGAGGCGCAAUUGGACGUGGACACAGCAUGGCAAUGCCUAGAGUACUACGCAGGCCUGGCUGGCUCCAUGGCUGGUGAGCAUGUGCAACUGCCUGGAGGCUCUUUUGGUUAUACCCGGCGGGAGCCCCUCGGAGUGUGCGUGGGCAUUGGGGCCUGGAACUAUCCCUUCCAGAUCGCAUCCUGGAAGUCAGCGCCUGCCCUGGCCUGUGGCAAUGCCAUGGUCUUCAAGCCAUCGCCCUUCACACCAGUGUCGGCGCUGCUGCUGGCUGAGGUCUACACACAGGCGGGGGCGCCCCCCGGGCUCUUCAAUGUCUUGCAAGGUGGGGCAGCCACUGGGCAGCUGCUGUGCCAGCACCAAGACGUAGCCAAAGUCUCCUUCACGGGCAGCGUGCCCACAGGUGUCAAGAUCAUGGAGCUGGCAUCUCAGGGAAUCAAGCCUGUCACCCUGGAGCUGGGCGGCAAGUCUCCCUUGAUCAUCUUCUCAGACUGCGACCUUGAGAAUGCAGUCAAGGGCGCGCUGAUGGCCAACUUCCUGACGCAGGGUGAGGUGUGCUGUAAUGGCACCAGAGUGUUCGUGCAGAAGGACAUCCUAGAGCGCUUUACGGCCGAGGUGGUCAAACGCACUCAGAGCAUCAGGAUCGGGGACCCCCUCUUGAAGGACACGCGCAUGGGACCCCUCAUCAACAAACCACACUUGGAACGGGUGCUGGGCUUCGUGCGAGGGGCCAAGGAGCAGGGCGCACAGGUGCUGUGUGGAGGGGACCCCUAUGUACCCGAGGAUCCCAAGCUGAAGGACGGUUUCUUCAUGACCCCCUGUGUGCUCGCUGGUUGCACGGAUGACAUGACGUGUGUGCGGGAGGAGAUCUUUGGGCCUGUCAUGGCCAUUCUGCCCUUCAACACGGAGGCUGAGGUGCUGUACAGAGCCAAUGACACUGCCUUUGGGCUGGCUGCUGGGGUCUUCACCAGGGACAUACAGCGGGCACACAGGGUGGCGGCUGAGCUGCAGGCAGGUGUGUGCUACAUCAACAACUACAAUGUCAGCCCUGUGGAGCUGCCCUUUGGGGGCUACAAGAAGUCAGGGUUUGGCAGAGAGAACGGCCGGGUGACUAUUGAACACUACUCGCAGCUCAAGACAGUGUGCGUGGAGAUGGGGGACGUGGAGUCCGUGUUCUAAGCAGGCCUGGCACAGCUCCCCAAGGAACUGCUUUUCGUACCUCAUGGUCCCAGCGUGUCCUGUUGGGACCACGGGGACAAUGUCAAUGCUCCGGCCUUGAGCCCAGGCCUCUGCUAGCCCUUGGGACAGUGGACAGUGGGUACUGGAGAGACAGGGAUGAACCCAGCCUGCAGUGAGCUUCUCCGUUCCCUGAGUCGUUGCCUCUUAUUGGGGUGCUGCAAUAUCAAUAAAUUCCAGUGUAGACCUCCA